AUGACUCGUCAUUGGGGUCACCUAUCUCCAUAUCAUCCAGCAGAUAGUUUUGGGAUUCAAGAUAUUGGAAUUCCUUCAAACUGUGAAGUGUCUCAAGUUCAUAUCUUACAUCGACAUGGUCAACGAUUUCCUACGACAGCCUUCAAUGACGGUGGAAAUACACAACGAUUUGCUUAUAAAGUUGGAAACGCUUCUAUUCAGAGAAAACUCAGCGCAACCGGUCCACUUGCUUUUCUCAAUAAAUAUCAAUAUAAAUUAGAUGGUGGAUCAUCUAGUACGAGUUAUGACCUCUUAGUCAUACCAGAAGAUGGAACAGAAAACAACACACUCGUUGCACAUGAUUCAUGUCGUAAUAGUGAUGAUGACAUUAUUAGAUGUUUUGAAGACACUACCCAAGGUGUCUUUACUAACAAUUAUCUUAAAACUGUUCUUGCAAGAUUAUCGAAUUAUCUUGAUCCUAAAUUCAACUUGACUAUCAUGGAUGUCUAUGCAAUGCAAACCAUCUGUCCUUACGAAGUAGCCUAUCAAGGAAGUUCGGACUUCUGUCGUUUAUUCACAGAACAAGAAUGGAUUGAUUUCGACUACGCUCUUUCCCUUCGAUUCUAUGGAAACCGCUCUUUUGGAAAUCCAACUGGUCGAGUACAUGAUAUCGGAUAUGUUCAAGAACUUUUGGCACGUCUUCAAAAUCAGUAUAUCUAUGUUGGUAACAUAUCCGUGAAUUCAACUCUUGAUAAUAAUCCUACUACUUUUCCAUUGGGACAACCGUUCUAUUUGGAUAUGACUCAUGACAAUAUCAUGGUUGGAGUAUUGAGUGCUCUUGGUUUGAACUACUUCAAAGGUUCUCCUACUGGCCUUCCUUACAAUAUUACACAUGCACCAAAUCCACCUGAAAAUUUUUGA